CUUGGCGACUGAAGAGAUUAACCAAAGCUGAUCACCAUGGCAAGAGAGAGAAAUGCAACACGAGAAAUGUCAGUAAAGGCGGAAAUGAAGUCUAACAUCAUCUCACCAGUGAUUGAGAACUCCAUUGUUGACUGCAUGCCCAUCACAAUAAACGUGGGGAUUUCUGGUAACCAAUGGCAACGGGAUGGUACUUGCCAUAAUAGUUCUGAUACCCCUAAUAUUUCAAAUUUGCGUUGCCAAAUCACAAAGGAUCUGAAAAAAGUUCUGAAGGAACGCCUUGAAUACAUGACCGAAUACACAGCGAAAGCAGGGGAGCGUGUGUGUCUCAAUAAGAGGUUCACACAGCUUCGGAUCACGGAGGGCGAACGCGAGGUCUACUAUGAGCACGAACUAGCUGAGAUCAGCUCGGGAUCCCCUAGCCAUGAGCGACUGCUUUCUGAUUUGAUUAAGCAACAAGAAAUCUUCAAAGUCUUGCCCGGCAAAGUGAAACCGAGGGUGGUUGUUACUAGAGGAAUUGCGGGUAUUGGCAAAACCGUUUCUGUUCGGAAGUUCAUUCUCGACUGGGCAAUGAGCCACGCUCAUGAGGAAUUUCAUUUCGUAUUUGCCUUUCCCUUCUGUGAACUCAAUCUGAUUUCAGAAAACCGGAUCAGUCUGAUCCAGCUAGUAGAACAAUAUUACCCAUGUAUGAAACAUUUGAAAGAUAUUUUUGCUGAUGAGUCAACCAGGUCCCUAUUCAUCUUUGAUGGGCUGGACGAAAGUCUUUUUUCUCUGGAUUUUCGAAGGAAUCCAAUUUGCUCCAAUGUAGCAGAAGCAGUUCCUCUCCAAUCAUUGUUGACAAACUUGAUCGAAGGCAAGCUGCUUUCUUCUGCAUCCAUCUGGAUCACCACCCGGCCAUUGGCAAAGUACUGGAUCCCAUCCGGUUCCAUUGACAGAGUGACGGAAAUCCAUGGGUUUAACGAUGAAGAAAAGGAACAAUACUUCCGAAGGAAAUGCGAAGACAGACAUCUGGCCAAGAAAAUCAUAGCAGUAGUGAAGAAACAAAGGAACCUUUUUGUCAUGUGCUGCGUCCCUGCUUUUUGCUGGAUAUUGGCUACAGUUUUAGAGCAUGUAUUCAAGUCUCCUCGUGCCAAAAUGUUUCGAGGUGAGUCAGUAACCGAAGUUUAUGCCAACUUUCUAGUGGUCAUGGUGACAUAUCACCACGAGCACCGUGGCCAUGGAAAGGAGAGAAUUGAAAAGAGCCACACAUUGUUGCUGUCAAACCAGGAAGCGAUACUCAAUCUAGGAAAGCUGGCAUUCCACUACCUUUGCUCCCAAACCUUUGUGUUUUACGAGAAAGAUCUGAAAUUGUUCAACAUUGACAUCACAUCUGUUUGUGGGGCGUUCUGUAAGGAACACUGCAUUGAGUACACCCUUCUCUCAGACAGGAAGGUCUAUUCCUUCAUCCAUGCCACAGUUCAGGAAUUCUUUGCUGCUUUGUACGUUUUUGUUUCCUAUCACAACGAAGGGAGAAACAUGUUUGCUGCUGGUUUGCUCCAGAGGUUCUGGGGCAUCUUUUCAGCUCCAAGCUUCUUUCAGGUGUGUAGGGAUGCCUGCAACAAGGUGGUCAGGAGCCCCACUGGCCACAUGGACUUCUUCCUCCGAUUCCUAUGUGGGCUGGGAAGAAAACAAAUCCAAAAAUGUCUCCAAGGACUCUUAACGCACGAAGAUGAGAGGAAAGAUGAUCUGCUCCAGACUGUCAACUACAUGAAGGAGGUACUUCAAUCAGACAUCCCUGCGGAGAGGUGCAUCAACAUCUUCUACUGUUUAAGCGAGCUGAAGGAGAAGUCAGUCAUCAAUGAGAUCCAACAGUCUCUAGACUAUGGAGUGCUCUCAUCCCAGAAGCUCUCGCUUGCAGACUAUUCAGCCCUCGCUUUUGUCUUGCAAAUGUCAGAUGGGGAAAGGAAAGAAUUUGACUUAUCAAUGUACAGAACAUCCGCAGAUGGGUUAAAAAGACUCCUGCCAGUUAUCAAGUUCUUCCAAAAUAUAACAUUAACAGCGAGCAUCAUGGACCCUGAAAUGAUCAGUUCUAUCAGUGCUCUUCUUCUUUCCAGCAAAAACCAGAUCAAAGAAUUAUGCCUUACCAAUAAUUCACUCGGAAAUUCUGGGCUGAGGAAACUAUCUGCGGCACUGAUGAGUUCAAGCUGUAGACUGGAAAAACUUGUGCUGUCCAGCAAUGAUCUGACCGAGGAGUGUUGUGCAGACCUCAUCUCCAUUUUAAAGACAAACCCAAUCCUGAAGGAUUUCGACCUGGCAUACAACAAGCUGAGUGAUUCAGGGGUCGCACAGCUUUCAAAUGCUCUGAAAGACUCUGACUGUGAGAUACAAGCUCUCGGGUUGUGGGGCAAUGAACUCACAGAGUGCUGCUGCACCACACUGUCAGAGGCGCUAAAAGUCAAUCAAACACUGAGAAGCUUGGAUCUUGGAGACAAUAAGAUAGGUGACCUGGGUGUGGAACAACUUUGUGAUGCGAUUAGGAACAGUGGCUGUAAAAUUGAAAACCUGAGACUGCAUCACACUGGUUUAACAGAUGCCUGCUGUGAGACGAUUGCCUCCAUGCUCAGAACAAAGCAAAGCCUGAUCGAAAUGGAGCUGGGCUUCAAUAACAUUGGAGAUGUGGGAUUACAGUCACUGUCUGCAGCACUCGUAAACCCCAACUGCAAACUCGAAACUCUUGGACUGUACCGCAAUGGACUCACAGCAGUCUGUUGCCGGGAUCUUGCCGAUGGUCUCAUUGCCAGCUCCACCUUAAUAGAAGUUAACCUGGCCAGCAACAACCUGCAGGAUGAAGGAGUUAAACUGCUUUUUGAGGCACUGAGAAAGCCGACCUACAUGAUACAGGAACUCAGGUUGACAGGUAAUGGUUUGACCACUGCAUGCUAUGAAGAUCUGAUGUGGGUUCUUACAGUGAAUAAGACACUCCAAUUACUGGAUCUGCGUUGCAAUGACCUAGGAGAAUCAGGAGUGAAAGCCCAGGACUUUGCACAAAAGAACUCCAGCUGUGAGAUCUGGCUAUAGAUCAGGAUCAAAUAAAGCCUUUCCCUUCACUACACCUGGAGAAAGUGAUGGGCUGUUCCUUACCACUUCAUAUUUUUAUAUCAAAAUGUACACAUGCCAUAAAAUGCAAAAAAUAUUAGUAUGAGCUCACUUUUGCAAAGCAUUUUAGUAGAUGAAUUAGCAAUAUUAGCAACAUACAGAAAUAUAAAAGACAGCUCAUAACAGUACUGGAAGGACCAAAGAUCAACUAUCUCAGUUGAUAGCCAUCUUGCCUCUGAGUCAGAACAUUGUGUAUUUAA